AUGGCCGCAGAGUGUCCACUUCCGUCAGAUGUCUAUACAGAGGCGCUUGAGAAUCAUUUGCUGCUGGCCUGCCUUGCCUCGCUGCUUCACUCCCAGGAUGGCUCCUUAUUGCCACCUAGCUACGGCCUGCUUUGUCGCAAUGAUAUCUUGCGGGAGGCGAAACAGCUUUUGGCAGCGGACAGCUAUGCUGAUUUUCUUUGUUAUUCUUUGACACUGAGUGAGGCUCUGCCCUCAUACCCAAAUGCCAUUCUGCCUGAAGCAGUGCCUCUUUCUGGCGAGGGUCAUAGCACGGCCGAGUCACUGGCUUUCAGUAUACUCGAAGCUGGAAAUGCCUCGAUCUGGGAAGCAGUGCGCCAUGUCAUAGGGCAAUUGCGCUAUGAACGGCCCAGGCACCGUUCUAUGGCCUAUCAGCAGGGCGCUCAAAGCUUCACAGUUGGCAUCUAUGCGAGGCAUCAACUGGUGGGACUGAGCAAGGCUACGCUAGUACACUCAAACGUCAGCAAGCUUCUCUGCUCGUACAUAGCUCAUCUUUGCCCUGGCUUCUGCUGGACUACGCUGGUAGUACACUGCAAUUAUGCCACGCCGGUGCAUCGAGACCCAGCCAAUGGCCCGUUCUCUAAUUUUCUGACCAUGGUUAGUACCACGGACUGCGGAGGGCUAUGGUUGCAGGACUCGACGGGCUGUGAGUUUCAAGAGAUUCCGGAUGGAAUGUGUGGAGGCCGCUUCCUACAGCUGCAGGAUCAAUACAUCAUUUUUCCUGCACAUACUCACUGGCACGCCACACAAACCUGGGGAUGCUACGAUCGUUACACGCUGGUUGCUUACACAGUGCGAAACUGGACGCAUCUGCCUGCUGCCAUGCAACGAACGCUUCAAUCCCGGGAAUUUCAGCUGCCAGAGGAUCCGCGGGCCGCCGCAACACUGCAUGCUGAACAGCGAGUUUUUCCAACCAUCCUGCUUGAUCCCGUCGCCUAA